ACGUCAACAUUUCAACUUGCAGACUCCAUUAAUGGAGCUUAUUAUUAUUAUCCCAAUUCCGACCUCUCCUUCUACCUUCUCUGCAAAAACUUAACGUUCAACAAUGUCUUCCUCCACCAUCCAAACAACCCUCAAUCGCCGACAGCUCUACAGUCAAAAACACUCCGAAUCCUCAACGCCAACAUCCUCCACUUCAUCCCCAUCUCUCUCCUCUUCCUCCCUCUAACCUUCUCCGCCGCUGUUUCCAUUCAAUUAUACAAAUCCUCCUCACCGGACAUCAGCGCCACCACCUACUUCGAUCCGCCCACCCUCCUCCUCAUCAAAACCAUAAUCGCCUCUUCUCAAAACCUCCUCUCUCUCAAAACCCUUAUUAUUGUCAUCGCUUUCACCUUCAUCGUCAUCCUCCCCGCCGUCGCCGGCAUAGCAUUGAUCACGUACAGCACAAACCAGGCUAUCUACCAUAAACAUCUCACCUUCUCCUCCACCAGCAAAUCGCUUUCGCGUUCUUACAUCCCCCUUCUUUCCACAGUCAUCGCCGGAUCGAUAAAACUAAUCCUCCUCUCCUUUUUCUUUACACUUUCCCCAGUCGCCAUCACCGAAGCCAUCAAAGCCUUAGGGUUCCCUUUCGAUCUAAGCAUCUUUUCGAUCUUCAUAAACUCAAUCGUGUUUUAUGCUCUAGCAUUCACUGUUGUAUUCUUCAUUGUAAUUUGGGGUUCUGGUCCAGCAAUCGCGGUGUUAGAACUAAAAUCAGGCCUCCAGCCUCUACGACAAAGCGCAAAUCAAUCAACCGAGUUUCGAUCCCAUUCAUUUUCAAUAGUAUUUGUCUCUGCCUUUGUUAUCGGCUCAAUGCUGUCAAACUUUGCUUUUUUCCCGAUCAUCGGAACUGCACCAAAGUGGAUCUCGAUUUUGAACGUUUCUUUCAUUUCUUUGUACUCAUCAGCGAUGAUUUUGUACUAUGUUGUAGCGAACACUGUGCUGUAUGUGCAAUGCAAGGUAGCAUGUGGCGAAGAGAUUGUGAAAUCGGCGGUGAAGGGGGAAGUUUCCGGCGAAUGUGUUAUAGUGGGUGUUGAUGAGGGAGACGAUAAGGUUCUUUUCCAUGAAGAGCCUGAGGAGGAGAUAUUUGGAGGUUUUACUCGUAUCUUGUGGGUCUUGCUUCUACUAUGGUUCAUUAUUUUUUUACUGCAGUUAUUAUGGUAAUUCUUUACCCGCUCUUAAGAGUCAACACAUUGUCACACACAUACAUUCGAUCAUGCACGUGUUACAAUACCACAAUAGCAGGCUUCAAGAGGUAUCUCUUUUGUUUGUGAAUGUUCUGAGAUUAAUUAACGUUGUAUCUUAUUUUAAUAAAAAAAACUACAAACAUGUUAUUGUAUUU